CCGAACCGACUCCAGUAUGUAAGAAUCGGACCUCUCCCGUGACUGACCCGUAUCCGUCCAGCCUUUCUGUUCCUCCUUCAUGAUCCCGGUCCCUGCUCGGUCACCCAUUGCAUUUGGAUCUGUUCUGCAUUCAUUAUACACUGGCUCUUCUACCUUUCAAUAUCUUCUUUUUGCGAUUGUCUCUCCCUAUACGGUUCUCACCCUCGAGUUUCCCACUCCUCUCAGCAUGGUUCGCACCAGGCCGACUGGCCCCGCUUCGGCGGUCCAGUUGCAGCCCGUCAAAGUGAUCCAGCCCAUCGUCGCAGAAAGUAAGAUAGCACCGCAGACCAAGGCCCAAACCCAGGUCGAUGCACCGCCGACGUUGACGACGACCCGUGAAUCCCUGGCUCUCCAACAGCAGCAAAGCCUGGAGAUGGUCCAGAUCAUGCUGCAUGUAUCGCUCGGGACAUUGUUCUAUCUGCGCGAGCUCUUACCGCUUCCUUGCUUCGAUGACCGAGAUCUGAAGAAAGCCCAGAAGAAGGACGAACUGUCGUAUAGAGAGUUUAUCAACGGAUCCCCCACCCAGGAUAGCCCGGAAGGUCGUCCCGAAGUCCCGUUCGGCGCGGGCAGGCGGGGCCAGCCGUUGAAGAUCAUCGUCCGAGGGGCCGAUCCCAACGCGGAAAUGAUCCUAAACCUCUUGGAAAAUGGCAUCUUCGAUGCGCUGCGUAAGAACGUACUGGAGGCCGUCCAAUUGACCAUCCUGGUCGAUAAGGACACCCCGGAAAAUGUAUUAGAGUCCUACACCUUCUCUUUCAAGUACACCGGUGCUGCCGGCGAUAUGAACAGUCGUCUAGAAAGGCUUUCGAUUGACCCCGUGGGCUGUGUGGCCGACAUGAAAACUGCACAGACGGCCCGCAUCGGCCUGGAAACCAUCAUCAGGCGCCUGAUCACGCUAAGUGCUUUUCUUCCCACGCUGCCAAACAAGCGCCACCUAGGAGUACACUUAUUUUAUACCGAGGAUUGCCCGAGUGACUACGAACCCCUUGGCUUUGUUGGAGGGCGCAAUGAGAUUAUCAAAUAUCCAUUCAAUGAGAAUUGGCAGAAAGACAGCCAGCCAUGCGGCACAAUGGAUGGCGGAUGGCAUACUGUGGGUCUGAAGGUAACCUCUCUCAAAUGGACGGGCCCGGACCCGGGGGCAUUCGAGGCACCGCCUCAGGUACCUAUGGACAUCGAGUACAGUGAUACUGCGCAGCGGUCCGAUGAUAUUGGAUUCCCCGAGGAUGUAUCCCGUGGGCUGGAGAGCCCAAUCAACGCCUCCGCCAAGGAUAGCUCGCAGUCAAGUGCAGACCGGUUAAUGACGAUGGAGUCACCCCACAAAGACGAGAAUACCCAGGAAGCAGCACCAGACAGUCAGAAAAUUGUGGGAAACACGUCACAAGAACGACCCGAGAUACCCCCGGAGUCGUUAGACUCAGAGGAGGCAACUCAGGACAAGGCGGAAAGGAUUAAACUGCAGAUGAUGUUACCGACCCAAGAAGCCCCUGGUGCCGAUAGUGCCCUUGUCCCUACACAGCCCAUCCAUUCCGACGUCCCGUCUGAGAUGGAUACCACCCCUGUGCCGGUCGAACAAGACAAGGUCAGUUUGAAGCAAACCAAAAUCAACGAGAUCAGCGAGCAUGCCCGCGGGCAGAUACGUGACCGCAACGGCAACCAGGAACAAGGUCAAGCCCCAAUUAAGUGCCAAUGUGGCUGGGAGGGCGAAGAGAAAGCAAUGAUACAAUGUUCGUUCUGCCACACCCAACAGCAUGCGCUGUGUUAUGGAUUCGAAGGCCCAACCGAUCCACGCAUACCAGAUUUUCACGCAUGCUACCAAUGCCUGUUGGAGCCAAACGAGCUCCAGUUGCUUCGAGAAAUGAAUAGCCUGGUGCUAUUACGGAGGGCACUUAAAAUCAUACUCGACGAAGGCUUUCCCAGCACGACGUCAAUCUUUACUCAGAAGCUCCACUGCAACGGCCAAACCGUCGUCCAAAUCACCGAUCUCCUGAAGAAACAGAAGUUGCUGCUGCCAACCCAGGGGUACAAAAUGAAGGGGUUUGUGCGAAAAGGGCUGCCGAAAUUUUAUGUACCAAGCUCAGACGAUGUCCGCGAGCGAAUACACAAGGAAAUCAUGGACCCGAUGGUCAAGAUCGGGCAGCAUUAUACCCAGAACGCACCAGGCAAACCCUUCGAGGCACCAGAUCGAGCCAAUACUACGAAGAACACCUCGAAGGACAACUUCAUCCCGCCUGAGAACGACCAACCGGUUGACAAAGAGGGAGCUCAAAAAACGGAAGUUUCCACCAGUGUAUUCGCACCACCAACCUCAGAGCCACAAACCCGCAAAAGAAGAAUAACCCCAGAUAUCCCCGACGACACCUCCGGCACGGACGACCUCGAAAAAACCGACUUGACCCCCCAAACCAUACAACCCAAUCACAGCCUUCCCAACGUGCCCGAGCCCGGAAAGAAACUCGCCCGUCGCUCAGGCAUGUCCGCCGACGACCGUCUCAUCACAUCGCAAAAUAUCCAAGAGAGUUCUGAAGAAACAGGCGGCGAUAGUCCCCGACGCAGCCACCGCAAACGUCGCAAGGUCAGCAACUUUUCGAAAUUGAUUGAUGUUGGGGCAGACACGAGCGACAAUGACGGUGCUUUCCAGGGGAGGGCAUAACGUGUACCACCGCACCAAGGACAACAAUCUGAAUUAAGUGAUUUAUCCAGACGGCGGGUCUGACGGUUUUCUGCUGGAACAGAUAGCCCGCUUUCCCUGAUUUGCUUGUUUUUAUAAUUAUCGUGUUCGUUGAUCAAGCGUGGCGUGAAAUGGAAAAUCCCUUUCCCAAGAAAGCAACAUCACUUACCAAUUUGACGAGAGAAAGUACCCCCCAGAAUAGAUCGAGCUUUCUUCCCGUCAGGCGAAGCACAUUUCUUAUAAAAAUCCAAAUAGUUAUAAUCCCUAAACCUAUCUGUCAGCUAGCUAGUCUUAC